UCGUUGGAGAUUAUUAUUCCUAUCUCGGUGAUAGUGGUGGGGCUGUAGUUUCUUUUGUUUCACCACAAGCUUUAAAUUUAGUGAUUUUACACGGUAUACAUAGUAAUGGUGGUGGUGGGAUUUCUGCAUGUCAAUUGGCUGAUACAAUUUUCAAGGAACUAGCUUAUGAUUUUACUAGAAUUGAUCUUAGAGAUCUUACUCUUUAUUUGGGGGAUUCAUAG